CAUGUUGUUUUGCUGUGUGUCCAUGUGUAUAAAACAUCAGGUAUGGCAGUAUGCAGUCAUCCAGCAAACGGUGAAGGAGCAUCCAGAUCAUCUCUACACACUGAAUCAUCAUGGAGUCCAGAGCUUCUCUCUCCAUUCUAGCCCUGCUGCUUGGCUUAUCGCAAGCUCUCUAUCUCACCCAACCUGACGGGGAAGACAUGACAACUAGGAUUCUCACCAUCAACAAAGGAUCCAGUGAACUGCUGCUGGAGGGAGACAUACUCGCAAAAAGAAGCAGGAACGCUCUGGUCUGCCUCUACAACAACUGUUUUUGGAAAAAGUCUUCAAAUGGCUUGGUGAAGGUUCCUUACACAUUGAGCUCAGAUUUCUCUUCUUCUGAUGCGACUGUAAUUGCCAAUGCCAUGGCGAGUUUCCACAACAAAACCUGCAUUCGUUUUGUUCCCAGAACUAAUGAAACUGACUACAUCAGCAUCAAGAACAAUGAUGGCUGCUACUCUUAUGUGGGCAAAACAGGUGGUUCUCAGGUAGUCUCUCUCAGCAGGUUGAGCUGUGUUUACUACGGCGUCGUCGAGCACGAGUUGAACCAUGCACUCGGUUUCUACCACGAGCACGUUCGAAGCGACCGUGAUAAAUAUGUCACCAUCAACUGGAAAAACAUCGACCCAGCAACAACAUCUAAUUUUGAUUUGAUGAACACCAAAAACCUCAACACGCCGUACGACUACUCCUCUGUGAUGCACUAUGGAAACACAGCUUUCUCCAUCAAUGGUCUGGACACCAUCACCCCUACUCCUGAUCCUUCUGUGAUGAUUGGACAGAGACAAGAGCUUUCCACUAUCGACAUUAAGAGGAUCAACAUUCUCUACAAGUGCUGAACGUGUCCAGAAUGUUUGCUUUGAUUUAAAUUUACUUUAAUAUUGUAUUGCUGUUAAACAUACAGUACACAGUGAUGACAUCAUUUACUGUGGUAACCAAGUAUGUAAUUAUGCAAUAAAAUGGCUACAAUCA